UUGAGGCGAAGGUCGAUGAAUACGUGACAGUACCUUGGAUAAGGACAAGGUGCACUGCCUAUGCCUACUAUUUCGGACGUGCCUUAUCUGCGCUCACUCCAUGGCUGCAGUUCUCGUCCUUCGGGCUGAGCUUGUCAGCAUAGACUUGAUCAAAAGGGGAGAUAGCUUUCCGAAUUGUCGGCGGUACACACACAUACCGCUUCAUGUAGGCAAAAUCCUGGGAAAAGAACUGACAAAGGGGAGUUCCCGGCUGGGCGGAACUAGGCUACUGAGUGAAGAACUGCUCCUUCCUUAUUAUUGCAGGCUACUGAGUUGCAGUUUACGAAUGCUCUGAUCCACGCCAAGGAAUCAACCAAUCAGUGGGACGCAGAGACUGUUGUUUUUUAUGCUAGCUUGUCCGCCCUUCAAAUUGUGAGAGACUGCCAGUGGACGCAAAGCUGAGCGAUUUUGCUUUGCAGCAGCAUGUGGGUUCACACCUGUCUUUGCAUUCAGGUUGUGACGGCGGCGGGGUGCUGUCAGAAAUCCGUUAGGCUACCGUGAAAGACCCAACCCCUCCCUCCCUCGCACAAAAACACUGCUUUCUUUUCCAUCAUGGCUCCUCCGAUGGACAGGCUAGGAUACUGGGGGACGCCAACAUCUACACUUGACUGGUGUGAAGAGAACUAUGUCGUGUCAUUUUACAUCGCAGAAUUCUGGAACACGGUCAGUAAUCUAAUCAUGAUCCUGCCGCCCAUCUAUGGAGCCCUGCAGACUCUCCGCAGCGGCCUGGAGCUGCGCUACGUCUGCUCCUUCCUGGGACUCGCAGCGGUCGGCAUUGGGUCCUGGUGCUUCCACAUGACCCUGAAGUAUGAAAUGCAGUUACUAGAUGAGCUGCCGAUGAUCUACAGCUGCUGUGUGUUUGUAUACUGUUUAUAUGAAUGCUUCAAGCAAGAAAAUACCAUAAAUGUUAUGACAAUAUGCCUUUUGAUGUUGUUCAGUAUUUCAGUAAGUUUGGUUUACUUACAAUGGAAAGAGCCUGUUUUUCAUCAGGUCAUGUACGGAGCUCUAGUAGCUUGCUUAGUUAUACGGGCUGUUUUCAUAGUUACAUGGGUGUAUCCAUGGCUCAGGCCGCUGUGCUACACAUCCUUGGGCGUCUUCCUGCUGGGAUUUGUUUUAUGGAACAUCGAUAAUCUACUUUGUAGUUCACUAAGGGCCUCUCGCCAAGCACUGCCCGUAGGAGUAGGAGUGGUCACCCAGUUUCACGCCUGGUGGCACCUCCUGACAGGCUUCGGCUCCUACCUGCACAUUCUCCUCAGCCUCCAGAUAAGGUCAACCUACCUCAAGCACAGACCAAAGGUUAAGUUCUUAUAUGGAGUUUGGCCAACACUGCACAUCGAGUCUCCGAAGACGGGGUGAAGGAGGGAGCAAAGGGACGACAUAUACUCUGUACGACGGGUAGCGACACCCCAACGGCCUACACCCCCUCAGCCAGAGGGUCGGUCGUCUGCACACAGCCCCUACAGUAGGGGCAAUCCCCCAGAGAUGCCCUGACGCCUGAGGUUAGAUGCCCCACUCAGUCCUAGUAGAGUUAUCGCCAAUUCCCUCUUCUUAAUUUCUUUUUUUUGCCAAGUCUAGUGUUGAGCAGAGGACUUUUAGUAAUGAAAUGGGACUGCUGAAAUUUCAUUUUUUUUCCUAUUUAAUUUAGUUAAUGUUUCCUUGAUUUACAUUUUUUGGUCGAUUGUGAAAUUGUUUUUAGACUAUUUUGAGGUGACAUGAUCAUUUUAGGGUUUAUACUUUUACGUAUGUGAAUUUUACUUAUUUGUAUAAUACAUUGAAGCACGCAGACUGAAGAUAUUUUUUUACCUGAGAAAGUAUUCAAAUGAAGAACAUACUUUUGUUUUGUAUUCUGCAAGAGGUUUGCUUAAAGGAUCUCAUUCUUUUGCCAUUAACAUUUUUUCAAAGUGUCUUAAUAUUCAUAGUUCUUGAAGUAUCAUUGAAUGAGUCAUUUUCUUCAUGGGGAAUGAUCAUUUGCACAGAUAUGUUGGAUGGUUUCAGAAGACAAUGCAAUGUCACAAGGCUGCAUGAUUAUGAAUACAUACUGCAUUUGAGGUUAUCAUUUGCCUUUCGCAAACAGUUUGCCACAGUCAGUCAAGUCUUGUGUCAUGAUGUACUUAUGAGGAGACUAGGCUUACCACACUUUUGAGUUCGUAAAAGCCGUAGAGUGCGUGCACAUGCAAAAAAAAAAAAAUGAGUGCUGGAUACAAGUAAGGUGAAAGGUUUAAAAGAAAAAGUAGUAGCUGCAUAAAGAACUUAAGUAAUUUAUUUAACAAAGAUCUUGUGUUUGGUCGAAACAUUGUGUUAUACUUCAUCAAAAAAAAUCACAGUAAGGGGAUAUUAGAUUUUCAUUUCCUUUUCAAGACUUUUUACUCAUACAAGACAGCAGGUCCUGCCAAUUCCACAUAACUUACUUGGCGAGAAGGCAGUAAUGCCCAGACUUUUUAAACUCUUCUAUUUCUAUUGUUCAUGAGUGAACAGUAACGCAACACUAAGCCACACUCGCCUUAUGCCUCAUAGAGUAUGUUAAACGUAUACAUUCGGUAUCCGAGAUGUUAGCCUAGCUUGACUCACUUGUUCAUUGGUGUGUCACUAUUAUUAGCCUGGAAAGCUUGACUAUAUAUAACAUGUAGUGUACAGUCUGGUCUCACACCAUAGUCAAAGCUGUGGAACCAACGGUUGCCAUUCCAACUACACAGAUUCAAAACCACACAGUGUUGUAAUUACAGGACAGAGCCAGCUACGAUGAUCCCCUAUGGUGCGGGACUAGACCGACCUGCCAGGCAAAAAAAACAUGUUUUGCAGGGUUGAUCUACUGUAGUUGACUAGGCUAUGUCUCUAUACAAUGUUAAAUAUUGCAUUUUGAAAGCAAUAUGAAGAGCCUGUGUUAAUGCUGGUAGUACAUGUUAGUGGUGAGUUCCAGGCUAUUCCAAGGGCAGGACGACAUCCUCCAUCUAGUUACCCCUGUGUUGUGUUAUCGGCGCUGUUUCAGCAUCUCAAGGCAGGCGAUAUGCUUGCUGUGUGCCUAGAAUUGCACAUGCAACCGUGUGCGACUGAGUGCACACACUUGCUUCAGGACAACCGGAGCACUUUGCACAAUACUGAGUUAUCAUCUAGGGGGCAGAUAGCCAACAGGGGCCUCAUUAAUGUUUGCCCCCAUUGUUUGACUCUACUACGAACUCAACAUAUCAACAACUCAACAUGUUCGAAAGAUCACCCCUCGCGGUUUUGUCAAUAUUGCACUGGAUGGGAUCUCCCAUGCGCAAAAUUGGCAUAAAAUUUGCAUGGCAACACGUUCGUGCAUGAAAUGUGCCCCCGCACGCAUGUCCUGUAGCAAGCAUAUCGCCGGCUAAAGUCUUGCACGAAUCCAAGCAUUUAAUCACUGACCUAGAAGGAGGACUAACCUAGACUUGUUGCUAACCUAGUCUGUAACUGGUGUAAGAGAUCUGUCAGAGACCUAAGACAGUCCUAAGACAUCUGACCAGUCGAGAUCGAAUCUAAGAGAUAUUUGGUUGAUAUUGUAGCGUUUUGGGUGCUGAUAUGCGGAAAUGUAUUACUGAUGAAGGAAAUCCCACGCUGAUCUUGGUCCAUAAUAGUUCAUGGUUGACUGCGGAAUAUAUGAAGAACCAAGAGAUUUUUUUCUCUCUUGUUUUAUAAUAUUUGCUUGUUGUUUUCGUGUGACCAGGAGGGUAUUCCAAGAAGCUGGUGAAGUGAUAAACCUGGCAACUUAAAGGGAGUGGUAAAUCUGCUAGUUGAAUAGCCCACAGGUGUCAUUCAGUUCAGAAAAUGAGACCUCCAGGCCCUCCUAUUAGAUGAUUUACCACUACCUCAAGGCUAACAUAACCUGGUUUACGUACCUCUAAAGCAGCUUCUUGGAAUCCCCCACAGCUUGAAUAUCUUGUACGUAGGAACGGACUAUUUCACUAGCUCCAAAGCACUACACAUGUUUUCUGAAGAAACCUGAAAUAUAUCUGGAAUCAACCCUAUUUGCAAUGACAGUGAUGCAUAUUAUUGUAUAUUCUGUUGACCUUGUAACUUUAUGUGAACAUAUGCAUACAUUUUAUGUUAUGUAGACAUUGCACGUAGUGGUAAUGCAUUGCCGUAAAUGCUAGUAAACAUGCAAGUCAACUCUGUGUUAUUCAAAAUUAUGAAUUCAUGAACCAACCUACUUCAAAUGCAGUUAGCUUCAUCCUCCUUUCAUUGGUCAGUUUGAAGACACCAUGAAUCUCAAGUCUCAAGAACAUGUACGGCUACUGUAUAUUUAAUUGUAAAUCAACAGUGUUUUACUGUUAAGAAUUACCACUAUUAGAUAUGUAAUUGUGAAGAAUUUUAACUGCUACAUAUGUCAUAGCAAAACUAUGAUUAAUUGUUCAAUUUCAAGCGUUAAUGUUAGAUGUUGUUGUUUCAUAUCAAUCCUGUAAAAUGAUGUCGCAUAAGCACAAUAUUGUUUUGAUUAACAGUUAGCCAAGUUAUUGUUGACAUUAUUGCAUUUUUUCCUGUUUCUUGCUGCUUCUGCCAAUGGUGGAGCAUCAUUGUCAAUGUUUAGGGUGCCUUAGUUCCCAGAAUGCCACUGGCUGAGAGGCAGGCUGGGUCCUCCAGGGUCGACGCAUAAAGCUAUUUUCAGGCCGACAAGGAAGGUGCUGGUGCCAGUGCUGGUCUUUCACACCACUGGGAACCAAAGUGAUUUGUGUACCAGGAAACGAUCCAGAGUUCAUACUGUUCGUUUAUUUUACAGUGUAUGGACCCGGUUCAACUUGCUUUGUCGACUUUGUCGUCAAGGUUCACUUAACACUGUUUUAUUUGGUUCCUGGCGCGAACUAACGUUUCUGAUUCUCUAAUUUUCAUGGACAUGUCACUUGGUUCGAGAUUCGUGGCAGGAACCAGCGCAGUCCUCUGUCGGCCUGAAAAUUCCUGAAACACACACAUGGGCAAAGCCACACUGGGCCUCGUUUCCGAAAGGGCCUUAAGUACUACUUAACGCUACGUGCUACUUAGGUUCACACGUAACACCAUCGUAGAGCUCACGGAGCGUUUCCCAAAGCCAACUUAGCAAAGAACCAUCGCAGGUUGACACGUAACUCUAAGAGCAAUCCACGAGUGAUCUAGAGUAGUCUUAACGCGCUAAGAUUGAUCGUAGCGGCAUGGCACAGUGGAGACACCCACAGGAUAUGAAGGGAAAAGAAGAAACCUGCGCAUAAGAUUGCUGUUUUAAGACGCGAGAGGCAUGGCACAGUGGAGACACCCAUAGGAAAAGAGGAAACUUGCGCUUCAAGUUGAUGUUUUAAGACGGGAGUGUAGCCUAAAUAACAUGGCAGCACAGUUGACACUGCAACGAAAAUAAGAAGGUAACAUUAAUUGUGGAUGUGUAGGCCUAUAAAAUAAAAGUAAUGUGUUUGGAAAUAUUUUACAGGUAGUAAAAUAGUUCGACUGUGUUUGAUAAACCUGGGCAUAAUUAAACUGUGAUCGAUCAUAAUUUGUGUGGGUGCUUCAUGAACAAGAACAAGGCAAAAUGAAUAAGGGGCUUCGGCAACCAGAGACAAGAGUGUUGAUGUCGGAAGGCCACUUCCGAAACUUUAGGCCUAUUUAUUUUAUAUUUUUUGAAGAAAAAUGGUCAGCGAGUUGUUGCACCCUCUUUCAUUUUCAAGUAGCCUAAGAAAGGGAAGGCGACGCCGAAAAUACAUGAUAGUUGUAGGCGAAGGGUAAGCUAUGACAAAAAUUAAAAAGGCAGCGAUGGGGAUUCGUGUAGAUUUUUUGUUUUAAUAACAGCAGACUGCCGUGCAAAAAUGUCCUCACAGUUGUGAAAGUCUUGAGCGCGCGGUACUUUGCGCACCGCUCACCACAUGUUUCAAGCUCCUCUCCCUAUUCCGACUCUAGUAGGCUAAGCAAUAACAAAAAGGCAGCGAGGGGAUGUAUCAAUGUUGAUGGACAUUGUUUUUCAUAACAGCAUGCUGAGGUGCUCCCGACAGUUGUCAAGCCUUGAACGCCUUGAGGUUGUAACUUUGUGCAUCCCAAUUUGAAACUCCAACUAGGCCUAGGCCUACUUGUCUUCUUAAAUAUUAAGCUGCAGUAGCCAAGUGCACGCGCUUUAUCUGGGUCUUAACGGCGUAGCUCAUUAUUACCGUCAGUUGGGAGUUUUGCAUGAUUUCAUUGUGUGUGCAUUUUAUUUCAUUUGCCAACAAUAACUCCUGUCGACAGUUGCAAACUGCUACAAAUGUAGUCCCACCCUUAUAGAAAACAACUUUUGAUACUGACACACGCCUUACAUUUUGUAAAUGGUUUAGCAGCAGAUGACGGCGCAGUUCACUCCGAGUACACUUCAGCACCACAUAUGUGGACAGCGAUCCUUAAGAGCGACGCUACGAAUGAUCUUAGAGGCUGUGCACGCGCGUUCAUGUACGAGUGUCUUUGGGAAACAGUCGUAGGAAAUCUAAGAACAUUUGUAGGAUCACUGGUUAACGACACACGUAAGGCUAAGAACCAUCGUUAUUGGGAAACAAGGCCCAGGUCAGUCACCUCAGGCUCAGGGGCUGCCUGUGUCUGCUGGGUGCCUCCACCCCGGGUGUAAAUCCAUGUUGCCUUGUUGUCUAGGAGGGUGUUUGUUGGUCCAGAUGUAUUAUGCAGACUCUUUUAUGUUCAAUAGCGGGGUGUGAGAGAAGGGAAGUCCUUUGUGUGCCAGCCAGAGGGGAGGACACCCCGUACACAAUUUAAAACAUGCAGCGGUAAUUUAACACUAUUUUGAGAGAAUGGUCUCAUUAGAUUUAGCAAUUAUUCAACUCUUUGAGUGUCGAAUUACCACCGUUUAGAGCAUAUAUGGAGUUGCCGUGUUAAUUCAACAUUCAAAUGGGACCUAUAUUCUCAGAAUAGUACUGAGUUAAUGCUGUGUUUUUUUCACUGUGUUCAGUACAUGGCAUACAUACAGUACCAAGCCACUGUGAUUUCUCCUGUAAACACAUAUACCUGCCAAGGCAUACUGUACCUGUGUAUUGUAUUAUAUUGUGAUUUGUGAAAUUGUGUAAAAAAAAAAAAAAGUUUAAAACAUUUUGUGCAGUGGCAGUUUAUGCUAUUAAAAGCAUUUUAAAUUUA